AUGGACUCGCAGGAUGAUGAGAAGAAUCCUAAGAGUCCAGGACUCCGAGGACUCGAGGAGGAUUACAUUGCUCUCAGUCACCGAUGGGGCGGCCAGGUGUCACUGCAGCUGAAGACUGCUACCCUCGAUGACUUAAAAAAUGGCAUCCCCUUCUCGAGCUUCCCGAAGACGUUCCAGGACGCUAUUACUGUGUGUCGUAGUCUGUUAGUAGAUUAUAUAUGGAUUGACUCCAUCUGCAUUAUACAAGACUCGAAGGACGACUGGGACAUCCAGGGGUCGAAGAUGGACCAAGUCUAUUCUCACUGUCUUCUCACCAUCGCAGCCGAUGCAGCCGAGAACGGAGACUCUGGGUUCCUAGAGACGCGAGAAAGGCGAGAGCUACACAAGGCAACGAGAAAAAUAGACUGCACCAGCCCCGGCGGCCAAAAGGGCGAAAUCUUCGUCAGACCCUGGAGACAAUACGGCAGCCUCGGCGGCUUCGGACGCCACUACAACAGCUGGGAACACGGAUCCCUCCAACCCUCCCAACGACUAAAACAAAAAGGCAGCCAUCUCCUCCGCCGCGGCUGGGUCCUCCAAGAAACCUUCCUCCCCGUCCGAGUCCUCCACUUCCUCCCUGAUGAAGUAACAUUUAAAUGCACCAUCUCCUCUCGCUGCGAAUGCCAGCUUUUAACCCACGGCAUAGUCGCCCAUAGACCCCUUGAUCUCGAGGAGCCGCGCGAAAUCAUGCCCAGAGACUUGAAGGAGUUUUAG